AUGAAGAUGAUGAUUAUUUUCUGCAUGCUUUUCUUCUGCUCCACUCUGGUGCUGACUGAAACUUCACCCAGAACAGUAAAAUACAGACAGAUUCUCAAGAAAAUUGAACAGUUAGAAUCUAUGGUGAAAGAAAAGGAUGCUGAAUUGCUGCAUACACCAGAAAACCCUGUGAAAGGAUGCCUGUACACAGCUGUGACCUGCUUCCAGAAGGGCAUCCAGAAAUUACAACCAGCAAGCAGCCAAGAUAAUGCGAAGUUCGCCAAAGCCAUUCGAAUCGUGAGCAGAUUCACCCACAGAGACUCUGGAGAGCAGUGCCAGUCUACAUGUGAAUCUUAUGAGAAGAAAACCCCCAAACAUUUUUUGAAGAGCUUUACAAAUCUAAUACAAAUGCUAUUCAAGAACUAA